AUGAAACUUGAACCCGAUUUCUCUAUAUAAAGUAGAUUACUUUCACUCUGUAAUAUUCAAAAAUCUAUGUUUCUUUCCCACAUACAUUCAAAAGUCUUUUAAACUCUUUCUGAAUGAAUUCGUAUUCAAUUAUAUCCAAUUUUAACAAUUCUAAGUAGAAUCAUGUUCUCCUCACGAUCACUUUCUUCUCCUUUCACCCAGAACCAGAACCUCCUUAUAGAUCAAGUAAUGGCUGCUAUUUUUCGAAAUCGACCGUGUGAGACAAAUGUUGUAGCCUCCAUUCCCCAACCCUUUUGGACGGUAGAAGCAGUUUCUCAAGUCUUAAGAUCAAUACCCAGAUUCCUCUUCCAAUCCCCAAGAUCCUACAACACUCUCAUAUUUGCACUUUGUAGAGUUGGGAAUUUCAAAAAAGCCAAGUUCUUGAUGGAGCAAAUGGAGUUGCCUGGUUUUAGGUGCCCGCCGGAUGUCUUUACGUACACAAUCUUGAUCAGCUCUUAUUGUAGGUACAGUAUGGAAACUGGAUGCAGAAAAGCUAUUAGAAGGAGAAUUUGGGAGGCGAAUCACUUGUUUCGCCUUAUGCUAUUUAAAGGAUUUGUUCCUGAUGUUGUAACUUACAAUUGUUUGAUCAAUGGAUGCUGCAAAACUAAUAGGAUAGAGCGGGCAUUGGAGUUGUUGGAAGAUAUGGUGAAAAGAGGGAUUGCACCUAAUCGAAUUACAUAUAAUUCUUUCAUUAGGUACUAUAGUGCUACAAAUGAGAUUGAUAAGGCUAUUGAAAUGCUGAGAAAAAUGCAAGAAAUGAAUCAUGGAGUACUACCAUGUAACAGUUCUUAUACACCGAUAAUUCAUGCCCUGUGUGAAACUGGUAUGGUGGUGGAGGCGCGAGAUUUUCUUGUUGAAUUGGCUGAGCAAGGUUCAAUUCCAAGAGAAUAUACUUACAAACUAGUUUGUGAUGCUUUAGAAUCUGCUGGGAAGAUUGAUUUGCUUGAUGCAGAAUUCUGUACAAGAUUAGAAGAUGGUAUUAAAGAUAGGAUCAAAGAAGUGAUGAAAAUUAAACCUUUGUUGCAGCAUUAUAGUGUUUAGCAUUGAACAUUAUGCUCUUUAUGGAUUUUGAUCUUAUGAAAACAUAAGGGAUUUAACUUAAACGUGAGACUCUAGUGAAUUGUUAC